AGACAUCUUUAUUGCGAAAUGUGCAAAGAAAAAGUUCCUUAUAAAGACGGAUGGAGACAUGGGUGUUUUCAAAAUAUAGACUUUGAUAAAAUAACAUGUAUUGGAAAUGUUAUUGUUAACCAAAGCGAUUAUGACAAUAUUGAGUUUUUGGAUGAAGAUGAAGAGGAGGUUUUACAGGCAGAUAUGAACCAAAUUAACAAUCCAGUUAAGAUUAAGGGCAAAAAUCUUCCUAUUGUCAAAAGUGUCGAAUCUGUAGAUUUUGCUACUUAUAAAACAAGUAUAGGUUCUCAAAAAAUGUGGACCGUUAAAACUGCUCCCACACAAAUUAAUUCUCAUGACUUGAUAACUUCAUCAGUACUAAAGAAUCCUACUUUAAUAGCAGAGGAAUCUAUUGAAAAUAAUCAACCUAAUUCGAAAAAUAGAAUGAUGAAUCUAAAAACUAGGGAGACUAUCUCUUUACCACCAACUGCUCCCACACAAAUUAAUUCUCAUGACUUGAUAACUUCAUCAGUACUAAAAAAAUCCUAAUUUAAUAGCAGAGGAAUCUCUUGAAAAUAAUCAAUCUUAUUCGAAAAAUAGAAUGAUGAAUCUAAAAACUGGGGAGACUAUCUCUUCACCACCAAUCCAACCGAUUGUUGAUGAAGAAAAUAGGAAUGAAAUCGAAUUGAACGAAAUGGGCAUUGCUGAGGCAACUGAAAAAAAUUUGAUCACGCUGUUGGAAUUAGUAAAGGAAAAUGAGUGCUUAUGGAAUUUUACAUUGCCCAUUGAAAAACGCAAUUCACACUUAAUUGGCAACGCGUGGUUUAAUAUAGCCAAAAAGUUCAGUGGAUGGACACCUAAAAUAGCCAAGGAUAAUUACAAUUAUUUGAAAAAUAUUUUUACACGCAGGAAUGUUAAACCUCGGAGUGGAGCAGCGGGUAAACAAAAGAAAUAUUGGAUUUUUGACGAACACUUUUCGUUCCUUAGAGGAGUAAUGAAUCCUAGUAGCACGACUUCCAACAUUUCUUCUUCGGAAAUCGCUGAAGAAUCUGUCCAUGCAAAUAUUCGAAAAUUAGGUUUCGAGAAGAAAGAAUCUAAUGAAUCUCCUAUAUCGAGUAAAAGAAGGAAACCAUUAGACCCUUUGGAGGAAGCCUUAAUUGAAAACAUUAAUAAUAAAAUGACACAGCAGCGUGAUUCACGGAAAAGUUUGAACGAAAUUCAGCAAUGGGGUCAAUGGAUGAGUCAAGAAAUACAGAAUUUUUCACCCACAGAUAGGCUUGAAGUUCAGGCCUUCAUCACUAAUUACAUUUUUGAGAAAAAAAAGAUUUCAGUAUUUAACAACGAAUUUUAAUAUUGAAUUUUUUACUUCGUUUUUACUUUAAUAGGUAUUUCAAAUAUCUUUAUCGUUUUAACGAUGUUUUCUAUUUCAUUAACCUAUUCCAAGGUUACUUUAAUUUCGUUAUAUAUUAAAUUUUGUUACUUAUUUUGAAUUGCAUUUUGGGAUACUUAUAUUGCAAAGACUGAGUUAUGGAAUUUGUUCUAGUCUUGAACUAUAUACUUAUAAGUAGCGUGAAGAGUUGUUCCAGAUUCUUAUUGCUUCAAAAGCGAUUGUUUUGUAGCUUAAAUGAAUCUGUAUUCUUAAUACUGUUAAUAUUUUUUUGUUUGAAAAAAAUUUGAAGUACAAACUAAGCGGUAAUGUAUUUUAUGAUUAUACGUGUAAAAAGAAAAAAAAUAUCUGACGACCAAUGCCUUACUAUUAACUAUU